UUUUCUUGAGAGCAUUGGUCACGCCCAUCACAAUGGCGUCAGUCAGUGAAGAGCAAAAUGAUGCCUUAAAAAUAGCCAUUGAAAAGAGGAGAGAGGAAACUCAUAAAGCAGAAGAAACUCAAGAUUAUUUUGAGGCAGAGUUUGCCACAAAGAAGAAGGAAGUUGAUGACUUAGUAGCUUCAAUCCCUCAAACCCCAAAGGAAUCUUUAAAAGAUACUUUUGCUGAAAUUUCCAAAAAGCUUAAUGGACUAACAAAGCUAAUAUCUGACUCAUCACUUUUUAUAGCACCAUUCACUGUCAAGACAUACCACCGAAAAGUAUUUGAACUCCAACAGUUAGUAAAUAAGAGUGAGGAAGAGUUGCUCCCAAAGCAGAAGUUUUCUUUUAAAUCUCGUACAAAGAAGACUGCAACUUCAAAGACGUCUGAUAAGGUUAUUGAUCCUCUACCAGAACUAGGGACUAGUGCAUUUACUGCUUCAAAUGCUGUUGUUGUGAAAGAAAGGAAUGACAGUACCAUUGACUUACAGCCUUCAGAAGUUAAUGGCUCUGAUGUCGUUUUUUCUGAUUUGUCUUCGUGCACUGUUAGAAUAUAUGGCACUCCAGGAGCUCUGACCAUCAGUAAAUGCACAGGCACAAAGAUAUUAUCUGGUCCCAUUCAGAGAUCAAUCUUUGUCGAAGACUGCAGCAAUUCUCAUUUCGUUGUGUCUUGUCAGCAACUUCGUGUACACUCAACCACCAACUCAGUAUUCUAUCUCCAUGUUACUAGUCGGCCUAUAAUUGAAGAUUCAAAGGGACUCCAGUUUGCCCCUUACAACUGGUCCUAUCCGGAUUAUAAUGAUCAUCUACUUCUAUCAGGGCUGUCGCCUGAAGUCAAUAACUGGGAUAAAGUUAAUGAUUUUAAUUGGCUUUCAUCCAAAGAACAUUCACCAAACUGGUCAAUCUUGCCACAGGCUCAUAGAGAGUCAAACUUGGGGGAAUAAUAAUUAAUCUUUCUUUUUAAAAAAUGCUAUUUUUAUGUAUGUGUGCAUGUGGGUAUGCCUAACCUAUAGUCACUAUAAUGUGUUAAUAUUGUCAAACCCUAUUAUCCUA